UUUAGCAACUAAGCAUAGCAACUGGGAAAUCGGGCGCUGCGGGUCCCGUCUGAGGGGCUUCGGAAACCUUCUAGCAGAUUCCAGCGUCCUAAGUGAGGCAACAGUCUCUUUCCUUGCCUGGGACUCUGGAACCGUCUCUUUCUAAUGAAACAUGCCCGUCCUAUAUGACAGACUGUUGAAGCUAAAAGAGAUGUUUAACUCUAAGUUUGGGUCCACACCGAAGUUUUAUGUUCGAGCCCCGGGAAGAGUCAACAUAAUAGGAGAGCACAUUGAUUACUGUGGAUACUCUGUUCUUCCCAUGGCUGUGGAACAAGACAUGCUAAUAGCUGUGGAACCUGUGGAAACACACACUCUCCAACUGGCCAAUACAAACCCCUUGUAUCCAGACUUCAGUACUAGUGCUAAUAACAUCCAUAUUGACAAAACCAAACCGGUAUGGCACAACUACUUCCUAUGUGGAUUUAAAGGAAUCCAGGAACACUUUGGUCUUAGUAAACUGACGGGGAUGAACUGUCUGGUAGAUGGAAACAUUCCCCCAGGUUCGGGCCUCUCCAGCUCCAGUGCUCUGGUCUGCUGUGCUGGGCUAGUGACUCUCACAGUGCUGGGAAUGAGUCUAUCCAAGGUGGAACUUGCAGAAAUCUGUGCCAAGAGUGAGCGUUACAUAGGCACUGAAGGAGGAGGCAUGGACCAGUCCAUAUCAUUUCUUGCAGAAGAAGGAACUGCCAAGUUAAUAGAGUUUAGUCCUCUGAGAGCAACUGAUGUGAAACUUCCCAGUGGGGCAGUCUUUGUGAUUGCCAACAGCUGUGUGGAAAUGAACAAAGCGGCCACUUCCCAUUUCAACCUCAGGGUGAUGGAGUGUCGGCUGGCUGCAAAGGUCCUUGCUAAACACAAAGGGUUGCAAUGGGAUAAAGUCCUACGGCUAGAAGAAGUGCAAACGCAACUGGGGAUUAGUCUGGAAGAAAUGCUGUUGGUCACAGAGGAUGCGCUUCACGCUGAACCCUACAGCAGGGAGGAGAUCUGCAAGUGCCUGGGGAUUAGCGUGGAGGAACUCCGUACUCAAAUCCUGAGUCCAAAUACUCAAGAUGAGCUCACCUUCAAGCUCUACCAGCGGGCCAAGCACGUGUACAGCGAGGCCGCGCGUGUGCUGCAGUUUAAGCAGGUGUGUGAAGAAGCGCCUGCCAAUGCUGUCCAGCUGCUGGGCGAGCUGAUGAACCAGAGCCACAGAAGCUGCCGGGACAUGUAUGAGUGCAGCUGCCCCGAGCUGGACCAGCUGGUGGAUAUCUGCCGGAAGUUUGGGGCCAGAGGUUCCCGACUUACUGGAGCAGGGUGGGGAGGCUGCACAGUGUCCAUAGUGCCCGCCGACAUGCUGCCCAGCUUCCUCACCAAUGUCCAUGCAGCUUACUACCAGAGGAACAGCUCCCGCCUGGCCCUGGAGAAGCACAGCUUGUUCGCUACCAAACCUGGAGGCGGGGCUUUGGUUUUCCUGGAGGCCUAAACAAUGUAAAACAUCUCAGAGAAACUAUUUGGGGCAUUUAGGGGUUGGCGAGAUUUCCCUGGGCCACCGCAAAUCAGCCCCUUUUCUGUUUUGUUAGGAAGAACAGCUGCUAUUAUCAAGAUGCAUUUCCAGAGAAAUGGUGAAAGCUAUGCUUCAUACUGACCACUUCUCUCUCUCAAUGGAUUUUCUUAUGAAUCAGAGCCCAGGGCAUGCUUAGGCAGAUCUUUAAGGUAUGACUAAUAUUUAUUGAUUUGAAGAUUUUAAAGAUGAAGAGCAGAAUGUACUCUUAAUUGAACACCGCUACAAUUAAAUUGGUACAGCUGAACUUAUGUGUUGUUCUUGAACGGUGGUCACUGCUGGCUUCCCUUAGCCCUCUUCCACGUAGUUGAAGCCUUCUGACGUGGCGGUGGAUGAUGACGAUGAUGACUGUGGUGACUGUGGCGUCUGUGAUGACCCUGAGGACACUGAUGUUGACGAGCCUCCAAAUUCCUCCUUGAAUUUAGCUUCCAUACGCUGUGAACAUAGUACAUGGUUAAGGACAUACAAAUAUUCUUAGACACACACAGUAUACUUGAAUGUGAGAUUCCUAUGAGUCUGAAGAUGGUGACGAUCACCUUGGGGGAGGGGCUAAAGGACAGAUUUCAGAAGAAAAUUUGAGUUGGCUUUCUUCCCACUCGCACUACAUUUCUCAAAGGCCUUUCCAGUCCAAGAGGCUGACCGUGCUGGCAGCCCCACCCAUACCUCACAGCCCUCUUCCGGACGCCUGGCGAGGCUUGCUUGUGUCCCUGGUCCAGUGUAGGGCAGAUGUGCGGUAUGUAGGUGUGGGUGAGUCUGCAAAAGCCGUGUGUGAUCUGACAUUGAUGGUGGAGUGAGGACUUAGGACACUUACCAAGAGUGGGCAGAAGUGUCUGGUCAUGUGGUGACAUGUGAAUGGCUGACUCCCAGAAGCCCUUUCUAAGUUACAUUGGAGGAUGCAUAGACCAAAGUGGGUUUUGCUGACAUAUUCCCGUGACAGAGACAGCAGUUGUAUCGUGGUUGAAAUUACCACAAUUUUUGUUUCAGAUGAUUAUGUUGGCCCAUUAACCAGCAUUCAUUUACUGGGUUUCACCAUCUGCCUGUUUCUAAAAGACCUAGGCAGGCUCUAGAACAAGUCACUAGGAAACCAAGAUCCAUCCUAAAACCAAUUCCUGAUGCAUUUCCCUCUAAAUACCUGAGCAACCUUGUAUUAAAUUUGUUGAAAGAAUUUUGAGUUUUCUUAAGCACAGUAAUCUAAGAACCAAAUUUGUUUAUAAUGCUGCAGAUUUUUAAGGCUUGUAUUCCCCACAAAUAAUUUGUGGUUGGUUUAGAAUUCUUUAAAAAAUAAAACUUGAAUC